CGAACUAGUCACAUCUAGCGCGCGUUUCAUAGUGGUUGGUUGUGAAGCGUUUUGCGUUUUGGUCACAUACUUGACUAUAGAUGGUUCUUUCGUGCUUCUCUCGUACUUUCUUGGACAUCACUUCCGGAGAUGGUAGCCUCGCUAAAGCCCUCCAGGACAGUAAUCAAAACGGUAGUGUAAAUGGAACUCUUGGUGCUCUCCGAACCAGAUCUAACUCCAAGACACCAACAAGAACCUUAUCUAGAAGUGGUUUGUCCUCAGAUGAUCCCAGCACUUCUAGUAGAAAAACACCAAGCUCCUCCAUUAAAACAAUGACCGCAUUACACGAGUGUGAUGGUGACAGAUAUAUGCCUAGUAGGUCAUCAACAAAUAUGAUUCGAGCACAACAUAUGUUACGGAAGCAAGAAGAUGCGGUGGACGAAGAAACUGCAGAGUAUCAAAAAGCUGUGGCAAAAAGUCUAAAUACCAAUGAUAUCCCUGGCAGUAGGAUUCUUCGCUACAAUGGAGCCGUUCGUGACAGCGCUAGUGUAAAUUGUGUUACAGAAACUACCAAGCCAUCCAUAAAAGCAUCCUAUAAGCGGGCAAUACCUCAGAUGCCAGAAAAAGUUCUUGACGCCCCAGACAUUAUUGAUGAUUUCUAUCUAAACAUUUUGGAUUGGUCGGUGGAUAAUAUACUGGCGAUAGCAUUAAAUCGAGAAGUUUAUCUUUGGAACUCAAUUACGGGUCAUAUUACGUGUCUGAUGUCUAGUGGUUAUGAAGAUGAAUACAUCUCCAGUUUAAAGUGGUCUCCUGACUCUCCCAAUAUCAUAGCAAUUGGUUCUAGUGCUGGUCGUGUACAACUGUGGGACAUUACUAACCAGUCAUUAAUGCGUACAAUGCGUCUUGGAGGUGCGAGUUCAGGUGGUCGUGUUCCUGCAGUUGUGUGGCGUGAGUACUUAGUGUCCAGUGCAUCUAGAACUGGACAUAUUCGACAUCAUGAUACACGUAUUGCUCAUCAUGAAGUUGGUGUUGCUGAUUUUCAUACCCAGGAAGUUUGUGGAUUAUCCUGGUCUCCAGAUAAACACUACCUUGCAUCAGGAGCUAAUGAUAAUUAUGUAGCUAUUUGGUCUGCGAAUGACAAUUCAAAGCCUGUACAUGCUUUAAGUGGUCAUCAAGCUGCAGUUAAAGCACUGGCAUGGUGUCCUUGGAAACCUAAUCUUUUAUGUACAGGUGGUGGGACAUCAGAUCAUACUUUACGAUUCUGGAAUACAGCAACUGGUGCAUGUGUAAAAUCAGUUGAUGUAAUUGCCCAGGUAUCUGGUAUAAUAUGGAAUACAGAAUAUCGUGAAAUUUUGACUAGUCAUGGUGAUCCUCUUAAACAAUUAAUUAUAUGGAAAUAUCCAGAUAUCACCAAGAUUACCGAUUUAAAAGAACAUCAAAGUCGUGUUUUAUGUAUUACAUCAUCACCAAAUAACGAGAUGGUUGCCAGUUGUGGGGCUGAUGAAACUUUACGAGUUUGGUAUUGUUUCCAAGUUGAUCAUAACAAGAAACGUAUGGAAGAGAAACGUCAACGACCUUCGGUGUAUGCUCGUGGGAUACGGUAGUGAAAUACGCACAGACGUCAAAUUAAUGUGUGACACGAUUUCUUCUGUCGUCUUCCGAAUUAUUAUUCUAUUACUAUGCUGUUCUAUGUGUAUUGCUUAUCCUUUUUAAGUGAAUAUGACACUGAAGCGUCCACAGUAUUAUACCAUAAUUGUUUCUAUUGUCACACACACAAACACAUAUUUUGAUUGUAUAUAUAUAUAUAUAUAUAUACAUCGGUUAUAAUGCAUUUCCUUAAAAUAGAUAUAUUUUAAUUAAUGAUUUCAUCCCAAAUGUUUUAUUGGAAAUGAUUGUUCAAUUUUUGUGUGUGUACAUGUUGACGAAGGGUUAUGGAAGUUUUUUAAACGAAUUACUCCUCCCCCUAUAUGUAACUAUAAAUUAUAC